AUGUCAACACCACCCAUCUGCACUCCAGACAUUGCGGAGCUCCAUCCUGACGAGACCAGUGGGAACCGCAAAUUCGCAUGCCAUCAUGACAUCAAGCUACUGUUGCAGAUCGCUUUCGCGAGUCCCUGUGAGGCCGACCACGGCAAGCAGUUGCAGGCUUGGUCCGCCAUCGCUGAUGCGCUUGGACAGUCUGUAACUUUUGGUCUAAAGAAAAAGGGCCCCGCGAUGAAGGCAAGGUUUGACGUUCUCAUGUCUCGGUUUGUGCGCGGUGAAAGCGCGUCGUUGCGGAAGUCGGGUACAGCAGAAGAGUACAAGGAGCGAGAGCAAUUGCUGCAGGAUAUCAAGACGCGUAUGGACGACUUCAAGGCCUCUGAAACAAUUCGAAAAGAUGCAUGCCGACGAAAACUGGAAGGGAGCGAAAACUCGGGUACGUUGUUGCGGAAAAUGGCGUUGGGAGAGCUUGAACGCAACAGCCAAGAAGAGGCUGGCACACAAACGGAAGAAACCUAA